AUGUCGGUGCGGGGCUCGGGGAGGCACGUGCGAGGAGAGGCUGCCGGGCGAGAGCCCGUGCGACUGUGUGCACAGUGGAGACUGGAAGUGUCUGGCGGAGGUGUGCGAGCACCUGGGGAGUCCAUGCGGCUCUCCUGCCAGGGAUCCGGCUUCAGCUUUGGAAAUUACCAUGUACUGUGGUACCGUCAGACACUCAGUGGUCGUCUCGAGUGGCUGUCCUAUAUCAGCACUAGCAGCUUACAUAUUAGAUCCAACCCUGAGGUGCAGAGCCGAUCCUCAGUCUCUCGAGACAAUUCCCGCUCUGUGUCCUAUCUGUCUCUCCGUGCCCUGCACCCACACGAUUCAGCACGCUAUUUCUGUGCUGUUCGCACGAAAUGGACCUGGAGAACAGAUAAGCUUGUGUUUGGAAGUGGAACCACUCUCACAGUUGAACCAAGAAAUCAGAAUGAUUCUAUUCCAGAAGUCAUUGUGAUGAAAUCAAAGAAAAACAAAAAAGAUGAUGACACUGGGAAAGCAGCUUGUCUGGCAAGGAAUUUUUAUAAGAAGAACAUCAGUUUGGAGAUGUCCUCUACAGAAGUUGUAUAUGAACCAAAAGCACCCAUUGUGACUUCAAAUGGGGUGUAUAAUACUAUUAAGGUGGUCAAAGUGACAAAACAAUCUGAGGUGACGUGCACAGCCAGGUUAAGCAACGGCAAUUUUACAGCCAACUCAACAUCACCAGAAAGGAAAAUUGAAGAAACGAAGUCAGAAAAUACUUGCAACACCACAGACACCUCUGCAGAUAUCAAUGUGGAGAAAGUGAACAUGUUGUCCAUGGCUGUGUUGGGUUUGAGAGUUCUGCUGGCAAAAAGUAUUGCCUUCAACACACUCAUGAGUAUCAAGCUGCUGCUUUUCUAAGGCAAUGGAGAAACAAGGCAGCAGAAGUGUGAGGAGCAGAAGGAGAGAGCAUUUACCAGCAGUAUCAAUUCCAGGGGUGGAAAACCUUCCUAGACAGUUUAAGUAACUGUUAGAGUUGUAACUGAUUUUGCUAUUUCUUGUUCUCUGUGAACUGAGGAGAGUACAUUUUUCUUCAUUCCUUUGCUAAGUAGGAAUUGUUUUUCCCUUUCUUUUAUCCUUUGCAUAGAAGCAUCCCACCAGCACUGAUAGUUUUAAAAAUCAGAGCCUCACCACAGGUACAUCACCAUUUGAAAAUGCAUUUACAGGAACGUUACAUUACUCCCUAGAGCUGAGAUUUUACUGCUGAGAGGAUUCUGGAGAGGCUAUUAAUUAAUUAAUAUUAAAAGUCUUACUGCUUUUUAGAUAACAAUCUAAAUUCAAUAACAAUCAAUAACUUCAAUAUGCUUCAAUGCUUCAAUAACAAUCUUUCUAGUGUAGAUGAAGAAAUCUGUGUUGGACCUGAAGUGAUUCACUGCAACCAGAUAAUGUUCAACCACAGUAACAGUUUUAUUUGCAUUUCUUUGUUUAACUUGUAUCAUUUCUGCAAAGCAUACAACAUCUCUGUUUUAAGUUGCUGUAGUCAUUGCCCAAAUAAAGUUUUAGUAUGCUAAAA